AUGACGAGACGGAGAGCAUCGAAAUCAAACCAGGUAAUCAACAUAGCACCCAAAACUGUUUUUAUCACUGGCGCAAACGGCUACAUUGGCAAUGCCGUAGCCCGCUGCUUUGUGGCCGCUGGAUGGACCACCUACGGUCUUGUCAGGUCUCUUUCGGCGGCAACAAGUCUAGCUCAAGAGGAGAUCGUUCCUAUCAUCGGAGCCAUUGAUGACCUCGACGCGCACGCCAACAUCCAAAGCCAUCUUCCAGCAAAGCUCGAUGCUAUUGUCUCAACCACGGAGAACAUGAUGGACUACAUCCCGCACUAUCAGAACACCAUCAAGUUGCUCCGUACCCUCGGAGCCGCAAGUUUGUUGGCCGGCACAAAGUCAAUUGUCAUCUUCACUUCUGGAUGCAAGGACUACGGCAUCGGUCCGCACUUCGACGGAGCCCCGGACCUGGCCCCACACACGGAGGAGUCACCCAUCGGGACAGUUCCCAUGCUCACCAACCGAGCCACGUACGCACAGAAAAUCGUUGAACACAGCGACGUUUUCACUCCGGUUCUCGUUCGACCUACAAACGUCUACGGACGUGCCUCUAGCUACUACCAAGCCUUCUUCAAUGUCGCUUCCAAGGCCGCCGCCGAGGGGAAGCCGCUCAUCUUGACCGCUCCGCCCACCACAAUCCUGCAUGCUCUCCAUGUCGACGACUGCGGAGACGCCUACGUUGCCAUCGCCUCUCACUCAAACGUAGCCGAGAUUGACGGCCAAGCGUUCAACAUCUCGGCCCAGAGCUACGAGACGCUUGACAAGGUUGCGCAAGCACUGGUUAAGGAGUACCAAAUCAAGAUUGGACUUAGAUACAUUGACGAGGCGGAUGCGAAAGAAGGGGAGACGUGGCCGCCGGGCAUCAUCAACUUUCCCCAGUGGACAGACUCCACAAAGUUGACUAAGCUGACUGGGUGGAAGCAUCGUCGUCCCUUGUUCACCGAGUCUAUCCACGACUAUCGCCUAGCAUACGAGGCUACCAAGGCGGCCGGGCACGAGAAUAUCAAGAAGGUUGAUGGCCUGUUAGAGGCUUGGACUAAGACCAAGACAAGACUGAACUUGAAUCCAGGGAAGAUGGGCUAA